CCCUCGAGCUGGAAGAAGGACCCAGUCACACCCUGGGAGAAGCUCUGUGCCUCCGGAGGUUUUUCUGCCUGCCCUUCUGCCUGCCCGUCCUCAUGCCUCUCCUCCUCUUGCUGCUCCUGCUACCGAGCCUUUCACACUCUGAUCCCUCCUGUGAGGUCUCCACAGUGGCCAGCCAGGUGGAAGUGAACUGUGAUAAUCGGGGUCUGAAGGCAAUGCCUUCAGAUUUGCCACCAGGCACCACCAUCCUCCGCCUGGGUGAGAACCCCCUGCACACCUUCUCCAUGGCGUCCCUAGAGCCUCUGACUAGCCUUACUCAGCUGCAUCUGGGUGACAGCCAACUGACCGAACUGCAGGCUGAUGUGAAACUACCACUGCUGGAGACCCUGGAGAUACCCCGCAACAAGUUGGCAAGCCUGCCCUCGCUAGGACAGACUCUGCCAGCACUCACUACCCUGGACGCCUCCUUCAACAAGCUGACCUCGUUGUCUCCGGGUGCCCUGGAUGGCCUGAGCCACCUCCACGAGCUCUCCCUGCGUGGCAACAAGCUGAAGACUCUGCCACCCCGGCUCCUGGCGUCCACAGUCCAGCUGAGGAAGCUCAAUCUGGCCGACAACGAGUUGCAGGAGCUGCCCCUUGAGCUCCUGGAUGGGUUGGAGGAGCUUGACACCCUCUACCUCCAAGGAAACUGGCUGCGAACAAUACCAGAGGGCUUCUUUGGAAACCGCCUUCUGCCUUUUGCUUUUCUCCACAGCAACCCCUGGUUCUGCGACUGCGACAUCCUUUAUUUCAGUCGCUGGCUGCGACACAACGCUGACAAUGUCUACUUAUGGAAGGAGGGUGUGGAUAACAAAGCCAUGACCCCCAAUGUGAAGAGCGUGCAAUGUGUCAAUCCGCCCUCAGUACCCGUCUCUGCGUACUUCGGGAAGGACUGCGCGCCUCUCAAAGUUGGGGAUGGCUCAGAGGACUAUGAUGAAUAUGACGAGGACCGUACGAGUGAGAAGGUGCCUACCAGAAGGGCUGUGGUCACCAGCACCAAAGCCCAUACGACUCACUGGGGCCUACUCUACUCAGAAUCUACUGCUUCUCCAGCCAGCCAAGUGCCCUACUUGCCUCCAACCCCCGAGUCCACUAAGAAACAGACCACAUUUCCAACCACGUUAGAAUCCAUUACAUUCUCCCACACUCCCAAAUCCACGACUGAAACCACCACAGCCCCGACCACCCCAGAGCCCACCACAGCCCCGACCACCCCAGAGCCCACCACAGCCCCGACCACCCCAGAGCCCACCACAGCCCCAACCACCCCAGAGCCCACCAUAGCCCCGACCACCCCAGAGCCCACCACAGCCCCAACCACCCCAGAGCCCACCAUAGCCCCGACCACCCCAGAACCCACAACCCUGACCACCCCAGAGCCCACCACAGCCCCGACCACCCCCAAGCCCACCACAGCCCCGACCACCCCAGAACCCACAACCCAGACCACCCCAGAACCCACAACCCUGACCACCCCAGAACCCACAACCCUGACCACCCCAAAACCCAUCACAACCCCGAGCACCCCAGAAACCACCAUAGCCCUGACCACCCCAGAACCCACAACCCUGACCACCCCAGAGUCCACCACAAUCCUGACCACCCCAGAACCCACCACAACCCGGGCCACCCCAGAACCCACAACCCUGACCACCCCAAAACCCAUCACAACCCCAACCACCUCAGAACCCACCACACUCCAUACCACCUCAGAACUGACCACAUUAACCACCACAGAACCCACCUCCCUCCCUCCCUUAGAAUCCACAACAAACAUCUCUGACUUUGUUGACCUCGCCAAGGUCCGAGGAUUGGCUCAAGGGAAUGUGGGUAGCUCCAGAAAUGACCCUUUUCUCAAGCCCGACUUUUGCUGUCUCCUUUCCCUGGGCUUCUACAUCUUGGGUCUCCUCUGGCUCCUGUUUGCUUCUGUGGUCCUCAUCCUGCUGCUGAUCUGGCUCCGGCACAUGAAAGCACAGGCCCUGGACUUUGGCCAGCCUGUUGCCCUGAACAUAGCCAAGCACACCUCCCAUCUGGAGCUGCAGAGGGGAAGGCAAGUGGCUGUGCCCCGGGCCUGGCUGCUUUUCCUCCAAGGAUCACUCCCAACUUUCCGCUCCAGCCUCUUCCUGUGGAUCCGGCCUAAUGGCCGUGUAGGGCCUCUGGUGGCAGGACGGCGGCCCUCAGCCCUGAGUCUGGGUCGUGGUCAGGACCUGCUGGGUACAGUGGGCAUUAGGUACUCUGGCCACAGCCUCUGAGGUUGGGUGAUUUGGGGACUUUGAGAGGCUCUAAUGGGCUU